AGGUAAUAAUUGGGGUUUCGACUUAGCAGUUAACUGCUGUCAACGGCUUCCUUUUUCGCUAGGUUAGUAGUAAUUUGGGUCCGUUAACCUCUGAGUCCUCCUAUCUCUCCUAUUCCCUUUGAAAGAGCUCUCCUAUGGUACGAGAAUAUGCUUCAUUGUAGUGCGUCUACCGGUUCCGAUGUCCGACGCGAUUGAUCAGGACGGUGUUAAGGCUAGCAAUGGCCAACCUUCUCAACCGCCGAGCCAACCUCCUCACGAUGCCAGCCACGAAACAAUUGAAAAUGGAUCCCAGGAGGCGAAGUCAUUAGAGCCCGCCUUUCCUUUGCUACAGAAUAAUGCUAGUAGCGAAACACUGCUGCAAACUGUGCAGGCGCAGAAACGGACUACGGUCGAGGACGACAAUGAAGAGGAACCAGCUGUCGCCAAACCUUUCGUCCGGACAAACAGUCCCGGCUUAUCUUCCAGAGUAGCUACCCCGCCCGAGGAAGAGAGAGCGCCCAUCCGGUCUGCCUACAAGAUGCACAAGUUCACGUUGUACGAGACGGCAAGUCGGUAUUACAUUGUAGGGGGAGACGUCACGGAAAAGCGCUAUCGCAUCUUAAAAAUUGAUCGUAAUACUCACGAUUCUGAUUUGAGUAUAACCGACGAUAAGACUAUAUAUACCCAGAAGGAGAUGAAUUCACUGCUUAACACUAUAGAUGAUGGAAAUAAAGGUACUGGCGGUAUCAAGCAAAGAUGUACGACAUGGGGCAUCCUAGGCUUCAUCAAAUUCACGGGGCCUUAUUAUAUGCUGUUGAUUACCAAGAAGAGCACGGUUGCGAUGAUUGGAGGUCACUACGUGUACCAGAUCGACGGCACUGAACUCAUCCCUUUAACUCCAGCAAAAUACAAGACUGAUGCUCGUCAUCCCGAGGAGCAGCGCUUCUUGAACAUCCUCACAAAUCUCGAUCUUACGAGGUCAUUCUACUAUAGUUACUCCUACGACAUUACUAGGACAUUGCAGCAUAACAUUACCAGGGAGAGAACCGCUUUGCUGCAUGGGAUGCCAGGUACAACAUACGACGAUUAUAACUCUAUGUUCAUCUGGAAUAGUCAUCUUCUACGACCCGCCGAAGAGGCUAUUCACGACCCCUUUGAUUGGUGUCGCCCAAUUAUACAUGGCUACAUCGACCAAGCUGCAAUAUCUAUAUAUGGUAGAACAGCGCAUAUAACCAUAAUUGCGCGACGAUCACGAUACUUCGCAGGUGCAAGAUUCUUGAAGCGCGGCGCCAAUGAUUUGGGUUACGUCGCCAACGAUGUUGAAACGGAGCAAAUAGUUGCUGAGGCCUUAACGACUUCGUUUCACUCGCCCGGUCCUAAGCUGUUUGCGAAUCCUCAGUAUACUUCCUACGUCCAACAUCGAGGAAGUAUUCCUCUUCAUUGGACGCAGGAUAAUAUGGGUGUCACCCCAAAGCCACCAAUCGAGUUAAACCUCAUCGAUCCGUUCUACACAUCAGCAGCACUUCAUUUUGAUAACUUGUUUGAACGAUAUGGAUCUCCUGUGUAUGCGCUCAACCUCAUCAAAGCGAGAGAGCGGACACCAAGGGAAUCGAAGUUGCUAGGUGAAUAUACAAAUGCCAUUAACUACUUAAACCAGUUCUUACCUGAGGGUCAUAAAAUCAUUCAUAAAGCUUGGGAUAUGAGUCGUGCUGCGAAGAGCAAGGAUCAGGAUGUCAUCGGUACGCUUGAAAACAUCGCCGAGACCGUUGUCACUACAACCGGCAUUUUCCAUAAUGGUGAUGGAGAGAUCACCCCAACCAGAGUGCAGAACGGUGUCGCAAGGACAAAUUGUAUCGAUUGCUUGGACCGUACGAACGCAGCCCAGUUUGUUAUUGGGAAGCGAGCGCUUGGACACCAACUUCAUGCUCUAGGCAUCCUUGAAAAUACAAUCAUCGACUACGAUACGGAUGCUGUGAACCUCUUCACUCAUAUGUACCAUGAUCACGGUGACACGAUCGCGGUUCAAUAUGGUGGGUCUCAGCUGGUGAAUACUAUGGAAACGUAUCGCAAGAUCAAUCAGUGGACAAGCCAUUCUCGAGAUAUGAUCGAGAGCUUUAAACGGUAUUAUAACAAUUCGUUCAUGGACAGUCAACGACAAGAAGCCUACAACCUCUUCCUCGGCAAUUAUAUCUUUGCUCAGGGACAGCCUAUGCUGUGGGACCUUGCCACGGAUUAUUACCUCCAUCACGCGGAUCCACGGAUGUGGUCGCAAAAAGAGAAGCAUGACUAUAUUCAUUGGUAUACGCCGGCUCAUCUUGAGAAGCGGACGAUACCCGAUUUCGUACCACCGAAAGGAGAGAUGGGCAAGAAGCCAGUUUCAUUUUUCGAUGACUACUGGCUCGAAUAUUAUCGACCAUCAACACUGUCUUCAUUUCCGAAGAUGUUCCCGUACAAGAUGAACUCAACUAUCAAGUACAUUCCCUUUAAAUCAACGCAGGAAGGAAAAUAUGACUUGAGUCCAUUCCGCAUUCGCACCGAAGGCGACGGAGAGACGCACGAGAAGAAGAAAUCCGCGGCAAAGAAGGAAGUGACUAUUGUUGACCCGUCCGAAUCUCACAGAUCGACGGCAGACGAUGACUCCGAAUCCGUUAUGACGGAGAAGGCUAGUGUCAGAGGUAUAUCGAUUCAACGCUGGCUCCAGCCCAUGCAACCAGAAAAGGGGCCCACAAUCCCUCACAGCAUCAUGAAAGAUUCAGCGGAGAAUCGCGAUAGGCCAAAGCAGACACAGCAGGAGAAAACCAAGGCCGCGCAAUGGACCUUCGCGAACAUCGUCCAGGAAUCGCUCAACCCAACCGUCAGUGCGCUGGAAACGGAGGAUUACACACGGUACAUCAGCCACCCGCAGAGUCUGCCUUUGGUCAUCUCGAACGACGCGCCGCCUGAUGUUGACUCCUCCGAAUACCAGGAGUACCUCAACGGGAGCUGGCACACGGAAGGCCUGGCCCCGAGCGGCGCCGAGGAAGACAUCGACGUAUACAACGAUUUGCUGAGGGUCGGAGACAACCCGCUGACGGUGACGGACGAGGACUUGCCUAAGAAGAGAUACAAGGCUUAUAGGAAGUGGCUCAGGGGUAAAUCGCUCUUCAAGCAGCAGCCGCUCGAUUAGGGAUCGUCGGCUCAGAAUACGCCGAUGAGCGAUACCUUUGAUUUGGGGUCCUUCGACUUGGGAUCUCCUUGAUAGCUUGGGGGGCCCCUUAUGCUGGAUUUUCAUCUCUGAAAAGUUUGCUUAGUUGCGGCUCCUUCUCUAUCAGCACACCUACGCGAUCUUGAAGGUCAACGUUAGAUGCUUUCGUUAUCGCCGAUAGCAUGUCGGCGGUCUUGGUCAAUCCGGCUUUCA